CCAGCUGACGCCUCCUCCCUCUGCUCCAGACGGAGACCGAGGCCUGGAGAAGGGACUGUCGGGAUAGUAGGAAGUGAGGCCCUGGGAAGGGGAGUGGUUCGGGGCUGAUGCGCACCGCGCCAGGUUUCCGCGCCGCCCUGCUCCCCUCGCCGUGGCCCUCAAACGCACAGCCGCGACCAUGCCCCUCCACGUGAGCCUUGCCAACGGCAACCGCGACCUGGACUACGACUCGGUGCAGCCGUACUUCAUGUGUGACGAUGAGGAGGAGGACGUGCACCAGCAGCCGCCGCAGCCGCCUGCGCCCAGCGAGGACAUCUGGAAGAAAUUCGAGCUGCUGCCCACGCCGCGCCCGUCCCCGGGCCACGCCGGGCUCUGCUCACCUUCCUGCCAAGCGCUCGCCGAGUCUCUCUCCCCAAAGAACCACGGUGAUGAUAGCUUCUCCACCGCAGACCUGAGGGAGAUGGUGCCCGAGCUGCCAGCAGGAGACGCGGUGAGGCAGAGCUUCGUUUGCGACACGGACGACGAGACUUUCGUGAAGAACAUCAUCCUGCGAGACUGUAUGUGGAACGGUGUCUCGGCCUCCGCCAAGCUGGUCUCCAAGCUGGACCCCUACCACGCUGUGCGCAAAGAAGGCCCCAGCGGCAGCCCGGCGGCGGACACCGACCCUGCCACCUCUCCAGACUGCACCUCCAACACCUGAGCGCACAGCACUGGUCUUGGGACUGUAAGCUUCAGCCAUGUUAACUGCCUCAAAUUCUGGGCAUGAAAGAACCCCUCUCCCCUUUUCUUUUUUUAAGUUUGUCAUCCUUCGUCACCCCCCUUAACAGAUGUAUUUGUUUAAAAGAAAAAAACUUUUAAGUUUAUUAAAUUUCCAACGUCUAGUGGACCCUUAAAUGUAAAUAACUCCAAUAAAGCAUUUUAUCAGUUAUACAAGAUCUUAAAA